UCUAACUUCCUUAAAUAACCCCAUAAGUUGGUGUUAAAAAAGAAACCAACUACUAUUAAGGACGCAGAAUCCUGUAAGUGCAGAUGUUUGCCUAGAGUCACAUUGAAGCUUCGUCUAAUUCUUGUUCUCAGAACUCAAUCUCAGCCCUCAGAGAGAUACAGUUAGUCUUUACAUUUGGAAGAGACACACCGAAAAUGGCCAGGUCUCAUUGGUUGUCCAUCGCCGCUCUCUCUGCCAUACUGUGUGGUGGGGUCCACACAUUCAUGCCAAUCACAACUGACCAAAGGCAAAUCUCUCACGUUGAUAUCACUGAGACGGCCAUCCUACGUAAGACGGUAGAGGUGUGCCGUGACCGGGCACAGAAGGAGGGGAGAGCCUUUAGCCUGACGAUUGACAGCAGAUUGUCGGCAUCCGCGGUUCAGGCAGCCUGUUCCCCAGGCAGUGACCCCUCCCUGCUGUCAAGCAUUAAGUUUAAAGAUGCUAUCAUGAAGGUCUAUAUGAGCAACUGGGGGGUGGACAGUGGUUCACAUUUCAAUGACCCUGAGUAUCACUUUGCCAAUGAAACAUUUAGAGAAGGUCGGAAUCUUAUCACCCAGGGCAGGACUAUCGUUAAAAAAAGUGUGACAGAGGAGAGCUUUUUAUCAGCAAGAGUAACACUGGGGAAAAUAUGUCACACCUUGCAGGAUUUCUACAGUCACAGUAACUGGAUAGAACUGAAAAAUCAAGCCGCAUUUAGCACCCUGAUCAAGCCGGACGUCCCAUUCACAAACCUUGCAGGUGAUUGGCUGUUACUUCCACCCAGUGCCGCCUCCAGAAUAGAUAUUGACCUUGUCUACUAUGUAUUUUGUAUAGGCUUUAUGAUGUCUCAGUUUAUCUCACAGUCGUUUGCCCCCCUUCUCCUCCCUCUGCACGCCUGUUCACCCCUGUCCACCUCUGUCCAGCUGGCCCUUACAGGUGCUCCUCCCCUCUCAGAGAUAUUUGUCUUCACGGAUGCUCCCGCCAAAGAUAUCUACCUGAAGAGCACAGUGCUGUCACUGAUAGAAAGCACAAAGUCAGUGGUAAACUUCAUGUUAACAGACGUCUUAAGUGGCCGACGUCGAAGAAGCAGUGACAGUAACAAUCGAGUGCAACAGCAGCAAUUUUCCAGUCACAUUUUCCAGGAGCUGGCACAGGCAUCGGGGGGGCUGGCUAUACAGGCCAGCAAGGCCAACUUGCCCCAGGCCACCAGCAUUAUUCUGGACUCCACCACCUCUGCUCUGGUACACCUCCCUUCUAGUUUCACGUCUCCUCUCAUAAACACAAGUCACAUUAUUUAUUCAACCUCAUUUCUGAUCUUAUUUAGAACAGAUCAUUGGGGUGUCCAGCAGAGCAGUGCAGAACCAAAUGGCCCCCUGGGGUCCAUACAGGCAGUGGGGAACCUCAACAGGAUUCAGCUCAACCUGCAGGAGGGAUUAUGGAAAAUCCGCAUCAGUUCCACACAGCCCUAUCAACUGAAAGUCACAGGUCGAAGCACAGUUGACUUCAUAUUCACAUUUUUAAAUAUAUUUAUGGAUCCCCUAAAAGGAAUGGAAUUAAAUGAAGGUCGUCCCCAAGUAGGCACAAACACCACCUUGUUCCUCACAGUAACCAGUAACACUCCAGUAAAUGUCACAGAAGUGUCACUAGUGGAGGCAUCAGGGGCCGGCCAGACGAACGGCACCUUACAGGACCUGGGCCGUGGGAACUACCUAAUAACAGUGGACAAGAUGCCAGAGGGCGUCUUUAACGUGCGAGUGUCAGGGAUGUCGGCCAGCUCCUCACAGUCUUCCAGCACGGUCUUCCAGCGGCAGUCAAACACUCAAAUCAAGGCCUCGAGUCUGAUUGUCUCUGUCCAGGGCAUAUCGAACCUGGAACCCGGGGUGCCCAUCUCCAUUCCUUUCACUGUACGAUCCCCUGGGUCAAACCCAUUACACCUCAUCAGAGUCCAUGGUGAUAAAAGCUUUGUUCAGAAAUUCACAGGAAUAAAUCUACUCGUCAUUUCAUUUCAGGUCCAGGGCAUAUCGAACCUGGAACCCGGGGUGCCCAUCUCCAUUCCUUUCACUGUACGAUCCCCUGGGUCAAACCCAUUACACCUCAUCAGAGUCCAUGGUGAUAAAAGCUUUGUUCAGAAAUUCACAGGAAUGCUGUCCCUGGUGAAUGGCAGUGCCCAGGGCUCAGUGAAUCUCAUCGCUCCAGGUGACACACUGUCUGGCACUGAUGUCACUGUGACCAUCACGGCCGAGUCCUCCGAUCGCAGUGAUUCCAACUAUGCAGUAGUACGACUCUCCGUCGUCGCUAAGGUUACAGACAUCAGCCCUCCAGUGUGCCAGGGCAACACGACGGGUAACUGUUUGGGGACCUGCAGCAUGUCCAGCUGGGAACUCUCUGCUAAUAUCACCGACAACAACGGCACGGGUGUCACUAGUGUGUCUGCCCGCGGGGGCAACGGCACCCUCAACAGCACCAUCUCUGUGGGGGAGGGGGGCAUCAAUGUCACACAGGUGUUCUAUAGUGCCUCUUGCUGCGCCCCUGAUCUAGAGCUUGUAGUGGUGGAUGCUGUGGGUAAUGUGGGCAGAUGCAUAUAUUCUGUCAGGGCUCCCAGCACGAGAGCCCCUCCCAGUACGGGAGCCCCUCCCAGUACGGGAACCCCUCCCAGCACGGGAGCCGCCGCCCCCAGCACGAGAGCCCCUCCCAGUACAGGAGCCGCCCCCAGCACGAGAGCCCCUCCCAGUACGGGAGCCGCCCCCAGCACGAGAGCCCCUCCCAGCACGGGAGCUGCCCCCAGCACGGGAGCCGCCGCCCCCAGCACGGGAGCCGCCGCCCCCAGCACGGGAGCUGCUCCCAGCACGACGGCUCCGCCCACUGUACCUGUGACCCCCAGCAAAGGGGCCGCCUCUCUGGCACCACGCGUCUUGGUGUGGGCGAGUCUGCUGAUUAUCCUGAAGGCUUUCAUAGCCAUGUGACAACAGCAAUCCAGAAAGAGAGACUUCAUUUGAAGAUGCAAUUUAACCAAUGAGUGCACAGCCACUAUCUUUUACUCUUCUUCAUGCAACAAUUAAACCAAUGAGUGCACAGCCACCAUCUUUUACUCUUCUUCAUGCAGUGUCACUUGCUGACAUUGGUUACAUUACUGCUUUUUAGCUUACGUAUAUCUUACUAUAUAUACAGCAUAUAUACUCAGCAAAAAA